AAGCAAAAGAAAAUAAAAAGAUAUGAUAUAUCCUUCUUUUUCCACUCUCAAAACUGUACACGCAGAUCAGAAACACAACACCCUAACUGAUUGACAGACCAAACAAUCAGCUCAGCUAUGGAGACCCAACUGGUGGAGCUCUGCUUAAAAGCGGCGUGUGAAAGCAGAGACACCGUCGAGAAAUGGCGGAGGCAGCGGCGGAGUCUGGAGCACUUGCCUUCUCAGCUCGCCGACGCUCUCCUCCGUCGCCUCAUCUCUCGUCGCCUUCUCUUCCCUUCGUUGCUCGAGGUGUUCAAACACAGUGCAGAGGAGAUUGAUCUGAGAGGCGACAACAACGUUGACGCCGAAUGGUUUGCAUACAUUGGAGCAUUUCGUCACCUCCGAAGUUUAAAUGUCUCUGGCUGCCGUAAACUCACAAGCUCAGCUCUUUGGGCUGUAGCAGGGAUGGAGAGUUUAAGGGAGCUGGAUCUUUCGAGAUGCUCCAAGGUUAAUGAUGCUGGCAUUAGGCAUCUUUCAUCUGUUACAACUUUGGAAAAGUUAUGGAUUUCGGAGACGGGGGUGUCUGCUAAAGGGGUUAAGCUUCUCUCUUCGCUUGGAAACUUGUCUGUUCUCGACUUGGGUGGUUUGCCUGUCACUGAUCAAGCACUGAGUUCUCUCCAGGUACUUACUAAACUCCAGUACCUUGACCUUUGGGGGAGUAACAUAUCUGACAAGGGUGCUGCUCUUCUUCAUAUGUUCCCUAGGUUGAGUUUCCUCAAUCUAGCUUGGACCAGCGUCACAAAGUUGCCAAAUUGGUUAACCCUUGAAUGCUUAAACAUGAGUAACUGUACAAUAAAUCUACUUGAAGGAGAUAAUAGUAAAGCUCCUUUAGUCAAGCUUAUUGUUUCUGGAGCUACAUUUGGAGAAGAGGUUGCUGAUUUCCAUUAUAUAGAAACAACCCUUUUAACCUUUUUGGAUCUUUCCAAGUCUACAAUUCUAGACUUCAGCUUCUUAUCUCAUCUAAAUGCUCUGGAACACUUGGAUCUCAGCUCUACUGUGAUAGGAGAUGAUUCGCUUCAACUUAUUGCAUGUAUUGGAGUGAAUUUGAAAUAUCUGGAUCUUAACAACACCAAAGUAAGCUCUGCAGGAGUUGGAAAUUUAACAGGGCAUGUACCUAAUCUUCAGGUUUUGUCUAUAUCACAUACAUCAGUAGAUGAUGUUACCAUAUCUUACAUUGGCAUGAUGCCUUCUCUGAAGGUUAUUGACUUGAGCAAUACCAACAUUAAAGGUGUCAUUUACCAGGCAGAGUCUGUGCCUGUGCGUGAGCCUGAGCCAGAGCCUGAGUCAGUUUCAGUCCUCACAAUGUCAGCACUUCAAAGUCUCAGGCAUCUGGAAAGGUUGAAUUUGGCAGAUACACAAGUUAUGGAUGCAGCUCUAUACCCUUUAACAAGCUUCCCAAAGUUAAGCCAUUUAUCUCUUAAAAGCGCUUCUCUUACAGACAUCUCCCUUAACUACGUGUCAUCCAUAUCAAAGCUGACAAAUGUCUGCAUUCAUGAUGGUGUUCUGACAAACUCUGGGCUCAAUUCAUUCAAACCCCCAGCAACUCUUAGAAUGAUGGACCUGAGGGGUUGUUGGCUCUUAACUGAGGAUGCUAUCACAUCCUUUUCUAAAACUCACCCCCAGAUUGAAGUAUGGCAUGAUCUUGUUCACAUCUCACGAUCGAACCAGACUGUUUCUAAUACUGCACCGUCUUCAAGAUCAACUUUGAAGACUUCACAAGUGAAGAAGAAGCAUGAAAGUAUUCCCAUGUUGGAAUGUUUUUUAGAUCAAAGAUUGAAGUAUAGCAGAGAAGAGCUCCUUUCCAUGCAGUUCUCGUCUGUUUCCCUUGCAGCUUCUAUUGAUAGAGACAUUGGAAUAUGCAACACACAAUCGGAUUAAGCUGGAGCAGUUGUUCCGUUCAGAUUAGUUGCAACUAUGUUCUCUUGUAUGCUCACCUUGUCUCAAGUCAUAUCUAGUAUUCAGUAGUCAGUAACUCAGUACCUAUGUGCUUAAGUUGUAAGCCAAGUCUUUGUCUGUUUUCACAUUCCAAAUUUCCAAGGAUAACUAUAUCUAUAAGUCACUGUAGAAAAUGGGGCUGACAAUGUGCAUAUAUUGUACUGCUGAAGGCAAGUGGCGUGCUGUUUUAUGGUCGAGCGUUUAUUUAGGAUGA